GUUGUCCCUAAACUCGGUCCUUGCGAUGUCAACUCUUUAUCCUUUCGACAGACAAAAAGUCCCCACAAAAGAUGAAACAGCAUUUUUGCAGCCCUGCUCUGCCCUUGCUUCUCUCUUCCUAACGUUGUUUUUUUUUUAUCUCUUUUCCUCCAAAAGAGCACGGACCGAAUCAUUUCAUCCAGUGAUCCUUCGACGCAAUCAGAUCCUGAUUGGAUUCUCUCUCUUGCGGGGGCGUUUGUCCCGAAAGUUUUAGCCUCCGGCGUGAGCCGCUACCGAGCAAAAAAAUUUGCUGAAAAACGAGCUCUAGCAGGCGCGCAUUGUCUGCCGCCACCUGCAUAAGAGUUCACGAAAACAGGAACAGAUGACUCUCUCUCUCUCUGUCUGAUUUGUACCCAGAAUAAAACAUUGAGCAAGACGCCACCUUGAUGGCGACUUUCGGGAUCUCGCCAGAGCUGGAUUGCUUGAGAUCCUCCCGAUCGCGACGAAAAAGAUUGGCUGCCAGCGCUUCCUUCGUGAAAAGGGGAUAGACCAUCGUCUCUUUCGUUUUGGUCGUAUCGGCUUGACACCGAAACGCGCUCCAUUCUCUUGUUUCGAUCCAAACGAAGAGACCCUUCACGUCAAACCUCCGAAAAAAUAUCGUUUUAACGCUUCCCUCGUUCGGUCAUGGGGUCUCUAGCCGUAUUUCUCCUUCUUCUGCGCUAUUCGCGAGUCUCUGUUCUCUCUGAGCUUGCGCUCUGCUCUGUUCAGGAAAAAGUUCUUCGAUGUUGGGAGCUCCUCGGCUUUGUUAUCCCACACCUAGAGCCAGAGAAUCCAGGAACCUGUCUUCUUCCACGUCCUCUGCUCCGGCAACUCUUGUCGGGUGUGAAAUGAAGCCCAUUUACCACCAAAAGCUUUUCACAGAUGAUGACCAGCCGAUCUUGGAAACAGCACAUGAUAGCACGCAAAGUGAUGAAGUGCCCUGCUUGGCACAGCAAUUUUAUGUCUCAGACAAGGGACUGGAGAACCUGAAUAGUUUUUUUGAUAAGAAAGUGGAGAUCUCUUCUGGAAAAGGCACGAUGGUGAUGAAAGCCGACUCAGACACUGAGCGUCCUCCAGAUGAUUCCAGGAGUCCCAGUUCGGGUGAUGUUGUGGAUGGAAGCCAUAAUUCAAGUGAUUGCAAAGUAGUUUCUCAGGAGUCUUCAAGUCAGUCUCCGGCUCAGUCCAAGUCCUUAUGUCCAAGUCCUGAAGGCUGCUUACGCUCUUCUGCUCCUUAUGUGGGAGCCAAAGAAAGUUUUGCCGGCGCUGAAUUGAGUGAGUGCACAGGUAGCAACAAGAAGUCCAGCGAAAGGGAAGUUGCCAAACCAUGCGUCGUGAUCGAUAGCAGGAACACCAGCAUUGUGAGUGAUGUCAGUGAUGAGAGCAGAUCCAGCAAUUUUAGCAGCAUUAUGAGCAAGCCGCGUAAGGCAAGAGAUAGAAGAUGGGAAGCAAUCCAGGCUGCUGAAUCACGUCAUGGCCUACUGGGCUUAGAGCACUUCAGGCUGCUGAAGAAGUUGGGUUGUGGCGAUGUUGGGAGUGUGUACCUAUCGGAGCUGAAGGACAGUGGGAGUUACUUCGCCGUGAAGGUUAUGGAUAAACCAGCUCUGACUAAUCGGAAGAAACUCUCGAGGGCACAGAUGGAGAGGGAGAUAUUGCAGUCUUUGGAUCAUCCUUUCUUACCCACUUUAUACAUGCACUUUGAGACGGAGAAAUUUUCUUGCUUGGUGUUGGAGUUUUGCCCAGGAGGAGACUUGCACAAGCUUAGGCAAAGGCAACCCGGGAAGUAUUUCCUAGAGUGCGCAGCCAGGUUCUACGCAGCUGAAGUCCUCCUAGCUUUGGAGUACUUGCACAUGCUUGGCAUCAUAUACAGGGACCUCAAGCCGGAAAACGUUCUGGUCCGAGAGGACGGGCACAUAAUGCUCGUGGAUUUCGACCUCUCUCUAAGAUGCUCUGUCAGCCCGACUCUGGUCGAGUCCUCUAACUUGAUCUCCGAGACGGGGAGCUCGACUUCCUGUGCACAGCCUUCCUGUUUCAUGCCACGCUUCUUCCUGCGUAAGCCCAGAAAGGAUAAUAAGUCCAUGCAAAAGCCCGAGCUCGUGGCCGAACCCUCGGAUGCUCGAUCAAUGUCCUUUGUUGGUACCCACGAGUACCUGGCGCCCGAGAUCAUCAAAAGCGAGGGCCAUGGAAGUGCCGUGGACUGGUGGACGUUCGGCAUAUUUCUUUACGAGCUCUUGUUCGGCAGGACUCCCUUUAAGGGUGCUGGGAACAGAAGCACUCUAUUAAACAUCAUCGGGCAGCACUUGAAGUUCCCGGAAUCGCCGUCCGUGAGCUUCGCCGCCAGAGACUUGAUCCAGAGCUUGCUCGUGAAAGAUCCGAAACACCGCCUCGCUUACAGUCGCGGAGCCGCCGAAGUCAAACAGCAUCAGUUCUUCAGGAGCAUCAACUGGGCACUGAUUCGGUGUGCGAGUCCGCCGCUGGUGCCCAGGCAAGUGACGGAUGGGCUUAUGGAGGAUGCAACAGAGCGAGCGCACGGUGUUGGCGCCGACAUCGAUGCAGAAUCCGUCGGUAAUUGUUCAGAUUUCGAUAUUUUCUAGUUCUCUAAUGCUCUUUCCAUUGCUACCUCGAAACCGGGCUCUAUAUACCUUGUCAUCUUGGCUCCUCUACAUAGAAGGAACAGCAAAAAUCACCCCAACAAAGCGGGGCAUUCCGUUGAAAAAGAAGAAGAAUCGGUUCAUUCUCUUGA